UUAUAUAUUUUCCUUGGCUCAUUGUCUGUUGUCACAGUAUGUGGGAACCUUCUUGUAAUAACCUCCAUCAUUUACUUCAAACAGCUCCACACUCCUACAAAUUCUCUUGUUCUUUCUUUGGCUAUGGCUGACCUGCUCGUUGGUGUUCUAGUGUUUCCUUUCAGCAUGGCUUUCUCUCUCAGCUUAUGUCUGUAUCAGGAAAACAUUUUUUGCAAAAUACGAGAUAGUUUUGAUAUAACACUGUGCACAUCUUCUAUUAUGCACUUGUGUUGUAUUUCUAUUGACAGAUAUUAUGCAGUGUGCCAGCCUCUGACAUAUACAACUAAAAUAAAUCAUAAUGCUGCUGUGGUCAUGAUCCUGGUGAGCUGGACUGCUUCUGUGACAAUAGGAAAUUGCUUCACUUUUGUAAAGUUAGAAAAACAUUCAGUCAAUGUUGUAGCAAACACUAUGAGCUUUGUUUUUGCAUUUUACCUCCCAGUGAUCAUAAUGCUCUGCAUCUACCUGAAGAUUUUCUUUGUUGCGCAGAGACAGGCACGCAGCAUCCAAAACACAAAGUCUGGAGCAACUGUCAGUAAGAUGGAGAGUAAGGCCACCAAAACUCUGGCUAUUGUUAUGGGAGUUUUUCUGAUGUGCUGGUUUCCUUUCUUUUUUUGUGUCACCAUUCUUACUUUAAUCGUUUCAGUUCCAAUUCCUGUGCUUGAAACACUUAACUGGUUUGUACUGUCAAAUUCAACACUGAAUCCAUUUAUUUAUGCUUUCUUUUACAGCUGGUUCAGAUCAGCUUUCAGACUCAUUAUUUCUGGAAAAAUAUUUCAAGGUGACUUUUCCAUUUCAAAACUGUGA